AUGCGGUGGCUUUCUUCUUCUUCCUCCUGGGUCUCUAAUCUCUCCUGCUCUUCUUCAACAGUCAUACACCAAUCUUCAUCUCUUCCGGCUCCAAUCCAAUGGCUGAGAUUCGUCUUGCUAUCUCCAUGCCCACAGCGACUUCUCUCCUCCGCCAUCGACCUCCUCUUCCUCCUUAUCCUCUUCUUCUUCGCCCUCCAAAAACUAUGUUCUUCUUCUUCCUCCUCCACAGAAACCAACGGUGAAGCUGCUGACGUCAGGAAACCUCUAAUCGCAAGAAGAACAAUCACCAGAACAACCGGCUUGUUCAAAACGACACUCGCAGUCACUAUUCUCCUGUCGUUUUGCUCCCUCGUGCUCUGCGUUUUAGCCUUCACCACCCGGACCAAUCUGAAGCUCGUAGACGCUCUGUUUUGGCUAAUCCACGCCGUUACUUACGCCGUCAUCGCCGUUUUGGUUCUCCACCAGAAGAGAUUCGCAUCUUCUAAUCAUCCCACAUCGCUGCGAAUCUACUGGGUUUCCAGUUUCAUCGUCACCACUCUCUUCGCCGUCUCCGGGAUUUUCCAUCUUCUCUCCGACGAUUCAUCCGCCGCGAGUCUUCUACCAGACGACGUCGCUUCCUUCAUCUCUCUCCCUCUAACCGCCGUUCUCCUCAUCGCCGCCGCCAAAGGAUCCACCGGAAUAAUAACCACCUCUAACAGCGUCACAAUUCCGGCGAAACCAACCGACGCCGUUUCAGAGAAACUCGAAAACGUCUCUCUAUACGCAUCCGCAUCACUCCUAUCGAAAACUUUCUGGGUAUGGAUGAAUCCGUUGCUGAGCAAAGGCUACAAAUCUCCGUUGAGCCUCGACCAAGUCCCGACUCUAUCACCGGAGCACAGAGCCGAGAAGCUCGCGAUCCUCUUCGAAUCAAAAUGGCCCAAACCGCAAGAGAACUCGAGAAACCCAGUCCGCACCACUCUCCUCCGAUGCUUCUGGAAAGAAGUCGCGCUCACCGCGGUUCUCGCCAUCAUCCGACUCAGCGUCAUCUACGUCGGUCCCGUUCUCAUCCAAAGCUUCGUCGAUUUCACUUCCGGUAAAGGAUCCUCGCCGUCGGAGGGCUACUACCUCGUCCUCAUCCUCCUAAUCGCCAAAUUCGUCGAGGUCUUAUCCACUCACCAGUUCAAUUUCAAUUCCCAGAAGCUAGGCAUGCUCAUCAGAUCCACUCUCAUAACCGCUCUCUACAAGAAGGGACUGAAGCUAACCGGCUCUGCUCGCCAGAACCACGGCGUUGGUCAGAUCGUGAAUUACAUGGCCGUCGAUGCGCAGCAGCUCUCUGACAUGAUGCUUCAGCUUCACGCGAUCUGGCUCAUGCCUUUGCAAGUCGCUGUGGCUCUUGUGCUUCUCUACGGCGUCCUUGGUCCUUCCGUGGUCACUACGGUUAUCGGCUUAACCGGAAUCUUCGUCUUCAUCCUCAUGGGAACGAAACGGAACAACAGGUAUCAGUUCAGCCUCAUGAUGAAUCGUGAUUCGCGGAUGAAAGCGACUAACGAGAUGCUUAACUACAUGAGAGUCAUCAAGUUUCAAGCUUGGGAAGGUCAUUUCAACGAGAGGAUCCUCAAGUUUCGAAACAUGGAGUUUGGUUGGCUGUCCAAGUUUCUCUACUCCAUCGCCGGAAACAUCAUCGUGCUGUGGAGCACGCCGGUGUUGAUCUCCGCGCUCACUUUCACAACCGCUGUUUUCUUGGGAGUCAAGCUUGACGCAGGCACGGUGUUCACCACAACCACCAUUUUCAAGAUACUUCAAGAACCUAUCAGGACGUUUCCGCAGUCUAUGAUCGCGCUUUCGCAGGCAAUGAUCUCUCUCGGAAGACUCGACGCUUUCAUGUCGAGCAGAGAGCUUUCGGGAGAAAGUGUGGAGAGGAGUCAGGGCUGUGAUGGGAAUGUCGCUGUGGAGAUCAAAGAUGGAAGCUUUAGCUGGGAUGAUGAAGAUGACGAGCCUGCGAUUGAAAACAUAAACUUUGAGGUCAAGAAAGGAGAGCUCGCUGCGAUUGUAGGCACCGUUGGAUCUGGUAAAUCUUCCUUGUUAGCUUCUGUUCUUGGCGAAAUGCACAAACUUUCAGGCACGGUUCGGGUUUGUGGAUCGACGGCUUAUGUAGCGCAGACGUCGUGGAUUCAGAACGGAACAGUUCAAGACAAUAUCUUGUUUGGUCUUCCUAUGGAUUCAAGCAAGUAUAAAGAAGUUCUCAAUGUUUGUUGUUUAGACAAAGAUUUGCAGAUGAUGGAGUUUGGAGAUAAGACUGAGAUCGGUGAACGUGGAAUUAACCUUAGUGGAGGUCAGAAACAGAGGAUACAACUUGCAAGAGCAGUUUAUCAGGAAUCUGAUGUGUACUUACUCGAUGAUGUCUUUAGCGCUGUGGAUGCUCAUACCGGCUCAGACAUUUUCAAGAAAUGUGUAAGAAGAGCAUUGAAAGGGAAGACUGUCUUGCUAGUGACUCAUCAAGUAGACUUCCUUCACAACGUUGAUAUCAUCUUGGUAAUGCGAGAUGGAAUGAUUGUGCAAUCAGGUAAAUACGACGAACUAGUGAGUUCCGGUUUAGAUUUUGGGGAGUUAGUAGCGGCGCACGAGACAUCAAUGGAGCUAGUUGAAGCUGGCUCAGCAUCAGCCGCUGCAUCGAAUGCGCCAAUGGCGUCACCAAGAACGCAGAGAAGUAUCUCCAUCGAGCUUCCACGUCAUCCACAGAGAACUAUUUCAAUCGACUCUCCUCGUCAUCGACCAACAACACCAAAAUCUCCAAAAAUGAACAGAACCACUUCAAUGGAGUCUCCAAGAAUGCAAAGAACUACUUCAAUGGAGUCUCCUCGUUUAAGCGAGCUAAACGAUGAAAGCAUCAAGUCGUUCCUCGGCGCCAACAUCCCGGAAGAUGGAUCAAGACUGAUCAAAGAUGAAGAGAGAGCUGUGGGACAAGUGAGCUUUCAGGUUUACAAACUCUACUUGACCGAAGCUUACGGCUGGUGGGGGAUCAUACUCGUUCUCUUCUUCUCCGUGGCUUGGCAAGGCUCUAUAAUGGCUAGCGAUUACUGGCUUGCCUAUGAAACAUCAGCUAAAAGAGAGGUUUCAUUCGACGCUUCGGUCUUCAUCCGAAUCUAUCUCAUCAUCGCUGCUGUUUCCAUUGUUCUUGUGUGCCUCAGGGCGUUUUACCUCACUCACUUGGGCCUCAAGACUUCUCAGAUCUUCUUCAAACAGAUUCUCAACAGUCUCGUGCACGCACCAAUGUCUUUCUUCGACACCACGCCAUCCGGAAGAAUUCUCAGCCGGGCAUCCACUGAUCAGACCAAUGUGGAUAUCUUCAUCCCCUUCAUGUUAGGACUAGUGGCUGCAAUGUACACUACUCUUCUCAGCAUCUUUAUCGUAACCUGCCAAUACGCUUGGCCAACUGUUUUCUUCGUUAUUCCGCUUGGAUGGCUCAACAUUUGGUACCGAGGCUACUACCUAGCAUCAUCUAGGGAACUAACUCGGCUUGACUCGAUCACAAAGGCUCCAGUAAUCCACCAUUUCUCAGAGAGCAUAGCCGGAGUGAUGACCAUCCGAUCUUUCAAGAAACAGCUUAUUUUCAGGCAGGAGAAUGUGAAGCGAGUCAAUGCCAAUCUCAGGAUGGACUUCCACAACAAUGGUUCAAACGAGUGGCUAGGAUUUCGUCUAGAGCUGAUUGGCAGCUGGGUACUCUGCAUCUCAGCUCUCUUCAUGGUCUUAUUACCAAGCAACAUUAUCAAACCAGAGAAUGUUGGGCUUUCACUUUCUUACGGACUAUCACUGAACUCGGUUCUGUUUUGGGCGAUAUAUCUGAGUUGUUUCAUUGAGAACAAGAUGGUUUCAGUAGAGAGAAUCAAACAGUUCACUGAUAUUCCCUCGGAAGCGAAAUGGGAGAUCAAAGAGAACCGUCCACCACCAACUUGGCCUUACAAAGGUAACAUACGUCUUGAUGAUGUCAAGGUACGGUACAGACCAAACACACCUCUUGUGCUCAAGGGACUUACGAUAGACAUCAAAGGAGGAGAGAAGGUUGGUGUGGUUGGAAGAACAGGAAGUGGUAAAUCUACUUUGAUCCAGGUCUUGUUCAGACUUGUGGAACCAUCUGGUGGGAAGAUAAUCAUAGACGGGAUCGACAUCUGCACUUUAGGACUUCAUGAUCUCAGGUCGAGAUUCGGUAUCAUUCCUCAAGAGCCUGUUCUCUUCGAAGGAACCGUGAGGAGUAACAUUGAUCCAACUGAGAAAUACUCUGAUGAUGAAAUCUGGAAGAGUCUCGAGAGAUGCCAACUUAAGGAGGUCGUUGCUUCCAAGCCCGAGAAGCUCGAUUCUCUCGUGGCGGAUAGUGGCGAGAAUUGGAGUGUUGGACAGAGACAGUUGCUCUGUUUGGGAAGGGUGAUGCUGAAACGAUGCCGUAUUCUGUUUCUGGAUGAGGCAACAGCGUCCGUUGAUUCUCAGACUGAUGCUAUGAUCCAAAAGAUCAUAAGGGAGGAUUUCGCGGAUUGUACCAUUAUCAGCAUCGCUCAUAGGAUUCCAACUGUUAUGGACUGUGAUCGAGUUCUUGUCAUAGACGCAGGGAAAGCGAAAGAGUAUGAUAGUCCGGUUCAUUUGCUGCAGAGACGGUCGUUGUUUGCUGCAUUGGUUCAAGAGUAUGCUCUCCGAUCCGCCGGAAUUUGA